AUGGCGGAAGCUGUCAUCUUUGGCAUUGCCGGAAAGAUCGUUGAUUUUCUGGUUCCUCGAGCGCUAGAAAAGGUUGGAAAUUUGUGGGGCGUCAAGCGUGAGCUUGCGAAGCUCAAGGACACUGUCUCCACGCUUCGGAAUGUACUGGAGGAUGCAGAGCGGCAAUCCUACCAGAAUCACCAAAUCCAAGGCUGGCUUGACAACAUGAAAGACGCUUUAUAUGAUGCGGAGGACGUGCUUGAAGAAUUCAAUAUAGAAGCCAAGCGACGAGAGCUGCGGGGCCACAAAGAAAUGAUGAAGGAGGUAAGGACGUUUUUCUCCAGUUCAAACCAGCUUGCGUUUAAAUUGAAGAUGAGUAGCGAAAUAAAAGCAGUGAGGGAAAGAAUAGAAUCCAUUAACGCUGGUAGGCAAUUCCACUUGGACGAGCACGUUGUGGAUUCGCGAGUAGAGAGAGAGUGGAGGAAGAGAGAGGAGACACAUUCAUUUGUACGUGAGGUGGAUAUUAAAGGAAGAGAUGACGAUAAGGGGAGGGUUAGGGAGUUUUUACUGGAUUUAGACGUGAAAGAAAAUGUUUCCAUCCUUCCAAUAGUUGGCAUUGGUGGGCUUGGAAAAACAACACUUGCUCAAUGUGUCUAUAAUGAUGAGAUGGUAAGCAAACAUUUCCACUUGAAAAUGUGGGUUUGUGUCUCUAAUGACUUUGACAUGAAAAAGUUAGUCACAAAUAUCGUAGCCUCUGCGAAGAAGAAACCGCCUAGUGAGGCUGCAAUGGAUCAGUUGCAAAGUGAGCUGAGGGCGAAAAUUGAGGGAAAGAGAUAUCUCUUAGUUUUAGACGACUUGUGGGAGGAAGACCCAGAAAAAUGGCGGGACUUGAAAGACUUAUUGGUGGGAGGCGCUAAAGGAAGCAAGGUCCUUAUAACUACACGCUUGCAUUCGGUUGCGGAGAUCACCGGCACUACUUCGCCACAUCUUCUCGGAGACUUAUCGGAAAGUGCAUCUGUUGAUUUAUUGAUGCAAAUUGCUUGUCGAAAAGAAGAGGGGAGACAUGAUCCUGAAAAGCGAGCUAUCGCCCCAGAGAUAGCUAGAAAGUGCUAUGGGGUUCCAUUGGUUGUUCGAACCGUUGGGAGUUUACUAUUCUUUAAGAAAUCUAAACAGGAAUGGUUAGAUUUUAAAGAUUAUGAGCUCCCAAAAGUGUCUCAGAAGGAAGAUUGCAUAAAUUCUACUCUUAGGCUAAGUUAUGACCAUCUUCCUUCACAUUUGAAACAGUGUUUCGCAUUUUGUUCAUUGUUUCCCAAAGAUUAUGUGAUGAACAAGCAGACACUGGUCAAUCUUUGGGUGGCAGAAGGAUUUAUCCAACCAUCAAAUAGAAGUCAGCGUUUAGAAGACAUUGCUAAUGUAUAUUUCAUGGAUCUACUUUGCAGUAACUUCUUUCAAGAUUUUAAAGAAGAUCCAUACACGAAUAAGGAGACAUGCAAGAUGCAUGAUUUGAUGCAUGAUCUAGCACGCUCAGUUGCGGGGACCGAGUGUUGGGUGGCAUGGGAUGAUAGGAAAUCCAUACAUGAGAGAACUCGUCAUAUAUCUCAUAAUAUAUCUUCCAAUUUGAUGGGUAAACUUCCAAUCUCAUGCUUGAAAGCAGGUGCACUAAGAACAUUUCUGUCUUCUCGUGGAUAUUGGGAAAUAGAACGAGAAUCAAUGAGUGAAGCAGAUCUAUGCCAACUCAUUCAAAGUUUCAAGAGGUUGCGCAUCUUGGAUCUCCAUACAACAAAUUUCGAGAAGUUGCCAAGGUCCAUUGGCAAGUUGAAGCAUCUCACGUACCUCGAUCUCUCUCACAAUGAUGAACUCAAAAGGCUUCCUAAUGCUAUUACGAGAUUGCAGAAUUUGCAAACGCUUAUUCUCUACAAUUGAAAAUUC